GUUUUCGCAUCACCGCAGCCCUUUCUUCAAGGACCCCUUCCUAACCAUGCCGCCGCCCCUCUGCCUUUUGUGCCAAUCCACCAACACACACACACAGACCAGCAACGUCGUGGUGGGGAUGGCCGAGUACAAGAAGGCGGGCCGGGAGAUCUGCCGAGCCAAGUGCUGCGAUGCGACCUACCACGUCGUGUGCAUCGACAAGAAGCUCCAACAGCCACAGAGCGGCGGGCGGAUGACGUGUUUGGCGUGCAAGGUGCGCUGGCCGAUGGGAGAAGAGACGCGUGGCUGGAUGUGUCUGUGCCAUGGAUGGAUGGUGCCAUUAGGCCGCGAUUGAGGUGACGGAUCUCGUACCCAUCAAGAUGCAGACCGCAGGGCUGCUCCAUCAGCAGAUUCUCAAGCACCUCAAAACACCCACUACUCCCUCUCCCUCGCCCGCUGCCGCCACGGGUCUCAUCACUCCCAACCUGCCAUUGCCGUGUCGCACAAACAGCAGCAGCAGCACAACCAUCACCACCACCAGCCGCAACCAUUGCAACAAUGGCAAGACCCUGAGGUGGAUGGCAAAGCAGAAAGUGCCGACCGUUGUGGUGGGUGUUGCAGAGGGGCAGGGAGAGGGACAGGGGCCGCCUGGCGAGCCGAUGAUGGGGUCGUCCGUCAGCUUUGCAACAACUCCCGCAGACCAAGUACGCAGGAUGGACGCCUUGGCCGUCGGUUUGACCCUGAUUUGCGUUGUGUUGUCUGUCUCGCCAUCCGCGUCAGGUGUGUGUUCCAUCUGUCUUCCCUCCGAGCACUUGCCCGUCCAUGAUGCCCGUGUCAUUGGAGGUCCUCCGUGCCGUAAUGCCCAACCUGAAGAUGUUCCGGCAGACCGACAACACACCGAGCAGCACCGAGACACUCAACGACACAGCCGCCCCCUCCCAGUCCACACGCAAGGAUACGAUACCGACGGCGACCAGGGAGGGGGGCAGGGAGCGAUCGCCCCACAAGAGCAGGGAACCGGGGCAGAUCUCCUCCCCCUACAGCGUGGAGGGGGACAAGAGCGAGGGGAGGCAGCUGUUGUGGCGGCAUGAGACGAGUGCCAACAGCAGAGGAGCCCGUCACAGUCGCAAGGCGGCUAAGGGACCGAUGACUGUGUGGCGGGAGAAGAAGGGGCCGUCCACCAGCAUGCCAGCAGUGCCGCACACCCGCCCGAAAGAGACGGAGACACCCCAGGCCAAGAGACCUGACGACUACGAGGCGGCCCUGUUGCACGCAGGCGGCGAGACACCGGCUGGCGGAGGGGGACGGGUGGCGGCCCAGCCGCCUGUCCUUGCAUUGCCCAUCAGCGCAGAGGCCCAGCGCAUCUUCGCCGCCCGCACACCAUUCCCAGUACGUUAGAGCAGGGAGACACACCUAGACACACACAAUCCGGUAUAUGCGGCAGACGAGGGGUGCUUGUUCUGUUGCGGUUGUGGUGCGCAGGUUCGGCGCGAUGGCACGGGCGGCAUUCCGGAGGAGAUGCCGCCUCCCUGCUUGUGCACAGAGUCGUGGGUGUCCCAGCUGGUUGGCGAGUGACAGA